AUGUCGACCUCAAUGCUGUCGCAAGCUGGCGUCAAAGGCGACGACGCCAGUGUCAGAAUCAGUGAAAAGGCCGAGUACAAAGCCUUUAUUUCUGCUCUGGGAGUGGCCCAUCAUCUCGGCGUGCAGUUCGCGCGUAUCCCUGCUCGUUUCCGCCAGGCUCAACUCGUUCCCCCCGAGAGCCAUUGUGCCAUCGUGGAUGCCACUGAAUAUGGGCCGAUCUGCCCUCAGGCUCCUGACAAACUUCGUGGCAUUCGGCAGCACCUCUUUGCUGGUGCGCCGGCCGCGAACUUGGCGCAAUCCGAGUAUGAUUGCCUCCGGUUGAAUAUCUACGCGCCUAAACCGGUCAUCUCGUCCGAGAGCAAGUUGCCUGUUGUUGUAUGGAUUCACGGAGGUGGGUGGACGAUUGAAAACGGUAACGCUGACUUUUCUGGCGACUUUCUAGUACACCACUCGAUUGAGGCCGGCAAGCCGAUAGUGUUUGUAUCCAUCAACUACCGGAUGGGAUCCUUCGGGUUCCUGUCUUCAUCAGAACUCGCAGCAGAGGCAGUCAGUCAUGGAGAAGCAGGGUGGGCAAACCAGGGUCUUCACGACCAGCGUCUCGGGCUUCAAUGGGUGAAAGACUACAUUCACCUGUUCGGAGGUGAUGGCUCUAACGUAACGAUUGCCGGGGAGUCUGCCGGGGCCUGGUCUGUCCUGGCUCAUUUGCGAUCAAACCAGGCCCUGUGUCAGCGCGGGAUCAUGCAAUCAGCUCCAUCUUGGUCCAUGCUCCGGCCAGAAGAGGCACAGGCCAAAUUCGACCGACUCGUGCAGCAUGCCGGGGUCCCUCCCACUGCGACGGCUUCGCAGAAGAUUGCUGCGUUACGGUCAGCAUCCACACAGGAGUUGAUCGCAUGGAACGGGCCACUGACAUCUCCGAUUUGGGAUCCAAAGUGGUUUGUCGGUCAUUCCUUGCCAGAAGGCCCCCUCGACUGCGUGGAGCCAUUUCCGAGCUGGGUUAAGGCCAUCGUAAUGGGGACAAUGCGAGACGAAAUGUCGGUCUUUGGGUUCGACAAGGUUGAGCAAACCAAGGGAUCCGUGAUCUCCAACCUCCGUAAUAUCCUGUCUCUCCCAAGCGACCAGUCCUUCAGCUCCGAGGUACUAGAGGAAUAUGGCGUCCUGGAAGUCAAGUCAGAUACAGCGGCAGUGCAAGCACUGACCAGUCUCCUUGCUGAUGCCUGCUUCUCGCGUCUGCCGUUCAACGUCGCCAGCGCCUGUAGUCUCCCCAAUUCACCAUCACUGUAUAUAUACCGAUUCGAUCAGCCCGACGAGGCGGAAUCCAGUCCGCUCAACGGAGCUGCAUUCCAUACCCUGGAUAACGCUUACUUGUGCCGUUACCCUGCGGUCGCAGGCUCUGCAGCCCCGCGCUCGUGUCAAGCCACGGCAGAUAUGUUCUCCCAAAUGGUUCUCCGCCAGGCAUACGGUGAGUCUCCCUGGCAGGAGUAUAGCAUUUCGCACGCACAAAAUGUGUUUGACGGAGCUCACACUCGACUUGAGACCGUCGGUCGUGAGGCACAGCCCUGGAGGAAGCUGUUGACCAGUCAAGACCGAGUGAAUAGAUUUGCGAGAUUGUUUUAUGAUUUUAUCAAUCAAGGACCGGGGCAGUGA